CCUCCCAACCCUCUGGCCAGUCAAGCAGGACAUGAGGUGGUGGUGAAGCGCAUGUCCCCGGCGGUGAUGCUGGGCCCCGCGGUGCCCCUGGAGGCCCUGUCCCCAUCCCUGCGUGCUCACACGCUGCUGUGGUUCCACCGGAGCCAGCUGCCUCGGCUGCAGACGCAGGGCCAGCCCCUGCCACGCUGGCUGCACGGCUUUGCCACACGCAGGGAAGCAGAGCAGUUACUGCAUGAUCAACCAAUGGGCUGCUUUUUGCUGAGGUUGAGUGAGUCCAAGAUUGGCUUUGUACUGUCAUACAGGGGCAAAGACAGGUGUCGCCACUUCAUCAUUGAGGAAGAGGAUGGUGCUCUUUCAGGGAAAGCGGGGAAAUAUCUCAUUGCUGGAGAAAACAGUCGCCAUUGCAGCCUUGAGGAGCUCAUCACUUACUAUACCCAAAAUCCUGUGGGGCCCUUUGACGAAAUGCUGACAGUACCCUGCACUAAGGCUAAUGGUCUGAUUGAUGACAUCGUUAGAAAAAGGGUGGGAGAUAGGGAGCAAGGAAAAGAACCAUGCAGUGCAGUCUCGCUGCCUCCAGCACUGGCCUCAGCUCCACUGGCCUCAGCUCCGCUAGCCUCAGCUCCACUGGCCUCAGCUACGCUGCCCGAGCAAAGGGAGGCUGCGUCCAAGGACGCACCAGAGUAUGCUGUGGUGAGGAAGGCCCUGAGGAAGAGCCACUCCCUGCCAGGGUCUCCAACUGUGCCUAACACAGCACCACCCUGUUUACAGCAGGUGUUCAGUGCAGUCUCAAGUCCUAAAGAGAGCACUGUGUGUCAUGACAGACCCAACAGUGAGAGUGUCACCCACUCCACCGACAAUCCCACUAAUGUCCCCUACGCUCGUGUCAACAAACCUCCGAGAGCCAUGGCCCAGACCCCACAGGCCUCUGCCAGCAGUUCAGCCUCCGGGCUGCAGGGGGCGAUGGUCUCCUCUGCCGCGACAUCGCCACAGGCCUCAGCGGAGCAAAAGUACUGGCAUUUGGAACCAGAGCACACCUACGAGGAGACUCCUGCCACUGCCACUGCCACUGUCACUGCCACGGGCGAGCAAAUCGAUUUCUAUGCCAUGGGCCGGCGGAGAGAGGUGGAGGGCCGUGAAGGAACUUCUGGAAAUCAUGUCUACUCUGAGGUCAACAUCCGCGGCGCUCGGGAGAACCCCACUCUCACCCCAGAGCCUGUGCCAACUAGAGCAAGCAACAGUGCUACAGUUCCUGCUUCUUUUAGGACUGUCCCGAACCUCCCUGCUAGACCACCCCCGAGACACACCAAUACGUUUUCACGAGUAGAUACCAGUGUGCAGAACUUUGGUGGGCCUCUCCUGUCGACCUCUCCAUCAAGGUCUGGUCACUUCCCUCCCCCCCUCUGGCCGACCUCUCCCCACAGACCCCUCAGCCAUCUACAACAAAUUCCAGAAAGGUCGUCUGGACCACGACCACCUCUGCCUCCACCCAACCCCAAACACUGAUUCCCGCCCUGUGAGCCCGGCUCUGGCCCUUUAGAACUACAACAGGAGCAUUGAGAUGAACUUCAACUUUUUUGACAGGUCUAAUUAUUACCACAAAAAAAGGACACACUG